AUGGCUUUCAAUCGCGGCUUCCUGGCCGCCUUGGUCUCUUUUCUUGUCCUCACCACCGCAAACUUCGGAGCAGCCAAGGCCCUAACCAAGGGUGUUUUUGCCCACUACAUGGUUGGAACCGUGUACGAAGAGCAUGCUCACCAAGACAUCAAAGAUGCUUCGGCCAUGGGUCUUGACGGAUUCGCUUUGAACAUUGGCGACCCCUCCCAAAACUUCGUACGCCAGACGUUAAACUACAUGUUCGACCACGCCCGCGACAACUACCCCGGCUUCAAACUCUUCAUCAGCAUGGAUCUAUGGGCCGCGGGCUCCGCCAAGAAAGGCUUGGAUGACUUCGACGACCUCCUCAGGGACUACAUGGGUCAUGCCGCUUACUACAAAGGCCCGAAUGGGUAUCCCUUUAUCAGCUCAUUUGCCGACGGCGGUCUCCACAACACCACAUGGAUGGACUGGAGGAACAAGUGGGCCAACGAAAUUUACUUCGUUCCUGAUUUUGACGGCUCAAAAGGCUACUACCUGUCCGACCCUGGCUGGUGGGAGUACUGGGGAGACGUUGUCGAUGGCAUCUUCAGCUGGGAAUCCACUUGGCCGCUGCGGGGCCACACUGACACAUCUUCUUGGAAGAACGAGUCAUGGGUGAGGGAGGGCGCGUUCUCGAACGAACAGGCGUACAUGAUGGGCUUAAGCAUGCUGCAGUACAAGAACUCGUACGAUACGAAUCUCUACCGAGCCGGCGAAGACAAUCUCUCCUGGAGACUUUUCAACCUUCAACAAAUGCGUCCGGCGCCGGAGUACAUUCAGAUACUUACAUGGAAUGAUGGCCCCGAAAGCCAUUACAUCGGCAACAUCUGGCCGGAGCAGAACAACGAGACCGACCCAACCAGAUAUGCCACCCAAGCGGAUUUCCCCCACAACGGCAUUCGUCCCUUGCUGUCCUCCUUCAUCAGCUCUUACAAGGCUGGAAAAGAAAUCAUGGAGCCUCCGACUGGUGAAGAUGCAGUUGGUGCGCUAUGGUACAAGUCCAUCCACUCGAGCACCGUGUGCCCCGACACCGACGCCCUCAUCAGCAAGAAACCGGAUGGCUACUCGGCCGCCUCCGAUGUGCUCACAUGGGCCGUCAUCGUCAGCUCCAUCGGAGGACCCUACAGCAUUCGCGGCUUCAGUGGCGGGCAAGAACUCCAGACGUUCUACCUCACCGCCGGCUACAACUUCGGCACCUUUUCCUCGCUGCAAGAAGGUGACCAACGCAUGGAGCUCCUCGACGCCAGCGGAAAUGUCGUCAUGGUGGCAUCGGGCGGCCGCUGCGUCACUUCGACCUGCCCGGACGGCAUCUACAACCUCAAUCCGCAGAUCCUCGAGCUCACCAUGGACACAUCGGAGAAGACGUGCAGCGAGCCUAUCACUGACAUGUACCCGCCCAUAUCCGCGGCCGCAACCUGGGGAACGAGGUUGUUUGGUUUCAACAAGUGCACACCGGGGAUGAAGAGUGAUAUCCAGCGGGCGUACGACGACUUCCACAGGUUGACCGACCAGAACGGUGUGGGUGACAAGAUUGACUGGACCAGCGUCGCCGCGCUCGAGUUUUUGGCGCCUCCCGUGGAGAAUGAGAGGCAGCAAGCGCAAAUCCAAGACGUGUUUACCAAAGCCUCCACAAUCUACCCGGGGUUCUAUUUCAACCC